UACCAAAGAAACCAGCACUUGAAGACCAAUUUCUCAAACUUGUAAUCCAAAGACUUUGUGUCAUUCAUCAUGUCGCACCCGUCUCAGUCUAAGCAUCAAGCUUCUGAUGUAGAGAGAGGGAGCCAUGAUUCUCAGCCAGGUGGAAAUCCUAAGGACAUUUCCGCUAAACUCCGAUCUUGUUAUGACCUCACUCCGCAACCCAUUGGAAACACUCCACAUCAGAUGAGUGAGAAAUUUGAUAUAGAGGAAACCACUUGGAGAUGCAGGCUGUAUAUUGCAGCUUAUCUGAUUGUUGUCUUAAUGCACCCGCUGCAUUACUACGUUUAUGUGAUCAAGCCUGAACAAAAUUGUCUCGAAACCGACAAUGAAUUACACAACACAAUUGCCAUUGUCCUCUUCUUUAAUGCUUAUAUGCUGCUCUAUACUCGGAAUUUUAUCAGAAAACUCUUUAAAACAGGCCCUACUUAUAAGACGAUGAAAUAUCAUUUGCUUCACUCAAAUACCAGUAUUGUUGAUGGCAUUGGUAAGGUCCUUUCUUGA